CUCUCCCUGUGUGUGUGCGUGCGUGCGUGCGUGUGUGCGUGUUUGUGUGUGCUCGCAGAUAGAGUGAUCCGACACAUCGGAUGUGAUCAUCAUCAGAUAUCUGCGGAUCAUCAUCAUCAUGGCUAACGUUACUCUUCAAAGUAUUUUUUCUUUCGCACUUUUAGUUGGUUUUGUCACCGCUGGAUUGGACAUAAGAACGGUGUUCUUGGAGAAGCGUGAUGCCAGCAGCGUCAUUUCUCAGCGUCACAGAAGAGCAAACACAGGUGAUGAAGAGACAGUAUUACCUGCUAACCUGGAGAGAGAGUGUUUAGAGGAGGUGUGUGAUUAUGAAGAAGCCCGAGAAGUCUUUCAGGAUAACUAUCGCACUGACAUCUUCUGGUCUGUCUACAUCGAUGGUGACCAGUGUGCUGACCAGCCAUGCAAAAAUGGAGCCUUGUGUUCAGAUAGUGUGGGGGGUUACGACUGUAUCUGUAAAUCAGGCUUCACGGGGACACACUGCGAGACAGAUCAAACCGUGUGUCCUGCCGAUGAUAAGAGUAAAGGCUGUGAUCAGUUCUGUAAGCCGGGUUAUCAGUCAUACGAGUGUCUGUGUGCUCACGGCUGGAAACUACAACAGAAAGAGAAGUGUGUACCAGCAGUGGUGUUCCCGUGUGGUAAAGUGAGCAGUGUAGGCCAGUGGGACAGACGUCAGUCAGCAAACAUACAGUCGGAAUAUGAAGGACUGGCCUGUGGCUCAUCCGAGUGUCCCUGGCAGGCGAUGCUGCUUCAUGACUCCAAAGGCUUCUGCAGCGGUGUGAUUCUUCAAGACAACAUGAUUCUCACCACAGCGCAGUGUGCCAGGAAACACCCUGACUUCCAGGUGGCAGUGGGUAAUACAAUGACGUCGUAUGAAGCAGACGAGCAGGUGCUCGGGGUUCAACAGGUGCAUGUUCAUCCGCACUACACGGACAGCGGCUCUCAGAACGAUCUGGCCGUACUGGAGCUGAAGCAAAAGAUGGUCUUUAAGAAGAACGUCGUGCCAGCGUGUCUGCCCGAGAGAGACUUCGCCGACAGCGUCCUCAUGUCAGGAAAGUAUAUGGGUGCCAUCACGGGAUGGAAAGAAGAUGAAGGUGGAGCAGAGUUUCAGGGGAAUCUCUUAUUAAACCAUCUGUCCUAUGAGAAGCUGUCGACAUGUUCACAACGUCACUCCGCUCAGGUGACCAAUAAGAUGUCGUGUAGUCUUCCUCAAGCUAAAGCAGACUGUAUUUUUGGAUCGGGCAGUCCUGUACUCACUCUGUAUCGGGAGGUUUUCUUCAUCACUGCUAUAGUGAGCCGACCAUCAGGAUUCAACUGUAAUAAUGGUCAUAUCUUACAGAAAGUGUCUCGCUCUUUACCGUGGUUAAACUCUUUCAUGAGCCCGUGAUGUUCUGCUGUCUUUAAACAUGUCUUGCUUAAUCAAAACAACAUGGUACUUCCCGCCAUUCUUUAUGUUGUCAGAACGUCAAGAAUUUCUAAAUGAAACAGGAUACACAUUCAGUAACUUUCCAUUGUAAUGUUUUACUGUCCAUGUAGCAGCGUACUGAUAUUUAUUUACAUAUACAGUAGAUAUUACUUAAGGGAUAAUCCACAGCUAGCCGUGCGUGAAAGGGUUUAAUGCACGACGUGGAGGCAAAGUGCAUUAAAAUCCUUUAAAGCACGACUAGCUGUGAAUUAUCCCGCUUAUUCCAAUGAAAGUUCCAGCUUUUAUUGAUUUUUACAGUGUAAUUUUAGAUCAAACAGGUGAAAAUUAGUUCUUUUCGUAGGUUCAUUUCAAAUGUAAUCAAACUGACUAGAGCUACCUGUACGUUAAAUGAUUUUAAUGCACACCUUGCAACCAAUCAGAAUCCAGUAUUCAAACAGACCAUGGUAUAAAUAGAAAUAACACAUAUACUCUCAUAUUUACACUACAUGGUAUACAUAAUAAUAAUUAAUGUCCAGUGAAGCUUUACACAUGAAGCACAUAACCCUUUUUUGACUCGCAUUGAAUUCAACAACAUUCAAAGGUCACGCUCCUGCUUCAAAAGAGAGGGGUUGGGUGAGCCGCUGGUUGCAAUUCGCAACCUCACCGCUAGAUGCCACUAAAUUUUAUACAUUGGACCUUUAACUGGACAAACAUUUCUUCAUGAUAGAAAUGAACAAAUAAUAGUACGUUUCUUGUUUUUUAAGUGUAUUUUAAUGCUCAUUUUGUGUAAUUUGAAAAGAUUAUUCAUCUUGAGGCCCCUUUGUUGAGAACCACUGGCAAUAAAGCACACACCAGUGUUAAACUGUGUUAAAAAGCACACACCUGUGUUAAAAACACAGACAUCAUUCAUUUAUCGUACACAUUGUUUCAGUGUGGUAGUCGGUGCAAAAGUAAACACACACACACAACAACAAAUUGUAUGUUAUGUUAUACUAAUUAUUAUUUUCAGUAUUUCUUCUGUGUUAUUCAGGUGUUUUAUCUGCUGUUGUCAAUUAAAUGAUGCAUAAUAAUUAAGUAAGAAGUAUUAUGAGCAAGUAAUAAAUGAAUGCUUAAAGAAAGGCUUCCUGUUUUGU